AUGGAAGUCAAGCUGGGCGGCCUUGUCGGUUAUGCUAUCCGAUUCGAGGACUGCACGAGCAAGGAGACAUCCAUCAAGUACAUGACGGAUGGUGUGUUGUUGCGCGAGUCUCUCGUUGAAGCCGACCUCGACAAGUACUCCUGCAUCAUCAUGGAUGAAGCCCACGAGAGAGCAUUGAAUACCGAUGUUCUUAUGGGCCUGAUCAAGAAGGUGCUUGCUCGCAGGCGAGAUCUCAAGCUGAUUGUUACCUCUGCCACAAUGAAUGCUGACCGCUUCUCGCGCUUCUAUGGCGGUGCCCCCGAGUUUUUCAUCCCCGGACGUACAUUCCCAGUCGAUAUUCAAUACUCACGAAGCCCUUGUGAGGAUUACGUGGACAGCGCUGUGAGGCAGGUCCUCGCCAUUCACGUUUCUCAAGGUCCGGGAGAUAUUCUUGUAUUCAUGACUGGUCAGGAGGACAUUGAAUGCACUUGCGAGCUCAUCGACGAACGCCUAAAACAGCUAAACGAUCCGCCAAAGCUAUCUAUCCUUCCGAUUUACAGUCAAAUGCCUGCUGAUCUGCAAGCCAAAAUUUUCGAUCGCGCUGCUCCUGGUGUGCGCAAGGUCAUUGUUGCCACCAAUAUCGCCGAGACGUCUCUGACCGUUGACGGUAUUAUGUAUGUCGUUGACUCUGGGUUCAGUAAGCUCAAGGUUUACAACCCUCGUAUGGGUAUGGACACACUACAGAUUACUCCCAUCUCACAAGCAAACGCAUCUCAAAGAGCCGGUCGUGCCGGAAGAACAGGUCCAGGAAAAGCCUUCCAUCUGUACACCGAGCGUGCAUUCCGUGACGAGUUCUAUAUCCAAACCAUUCCUGAGAUUCAGCGUACCAAUCUUGCGAACACUGUUCUGCUUCUGAAAUCACUUGGGGUGAAGGAUCUAUUAGAUUUCGACUUCAUGGAUCCUCCUCCGCAAGAAACGAUUUCGACUUCCCUAUUCGACCUUUGGGCGCUAGGCGCUCUCGACAACUUGGGUGACCUUACAGAGCUCGGCCGUCAAAUGACUUCUUUCCCAAUGGACCCCUCAAUGGCCAAGCUUGUCAUAACAUCUUGCGACUACGGCUGUAGCGAAGAGAUCUUGACGAUUGUGUCUAUGCUCUCAGUACCCUCUGUCUUCUACCGACCGAAGGAGCGUAUGGAAGAGGCCGAUGCCGCUCGCGAAAAGUUCUUCGAUUCAUCAUCUGAUCACUUGACGCUGCUGAAUGUCUAUCAACAGUGGGCUGGUAAUGGGAGACGCGAUGGGUGGUGCGUGACACACUUCUUGCAUCCCAAGGCCUUGCGCAGGGCCGAGGAGAUUCGCAACCAGAUCCGCGAUAUCAUGGUCAGUAACAAGAUGCAACUAGUAAGCUGUGGCUACGAUAUGGAGAUUGUUCGUCUCUGUAUCUGCUCGGGCUACUACCAUCAAGCCGCUAAGCGGAAGGGCUUGGGCGAGUACCUCAACUUGCGCACUUCUGUGUCGAUGCAGCUACAUCCUACAUCUGCGCUAUACAACUCUGGCGACCCACCAGACUAUGUGGUUUACCACGAGCUUAUUCUGACUUCCAAGGAGUACAUGUCGUGUGUCACUGCUGUUGAUGCCACUUGGUUAGCUGACCUGGGAGCGGUCUUCUACUCGGUCAAGCAGAAGGGCUACAGCACCAAGCUUAAGCGUACCACCGAACAAGAGUUCAACAAGAAGGUUGAGAUCGAGCAGCAGAUGGCUAUAGACAGACAGAAGGCAGCGGCCAGGGCCAAGGAAGAGGAAGAGAAGAAGGUACGCAAACCUACUGUCAAAAGGUCAGCGCUGUUGGGGCGGUCAGAAAGCCCAUUGUACCUAAGCGUCGUGGGUUCUAGAGUUGUAGAUAGUCAACAAGAAGCAAGCAGCCUUCAAAAGGGAACCUGCAUCUAA